CUCACAUCCAACACAUCGCCCAAAAUACCGGUCCCUUCAGUCUGGCUCUCAAUUUAGAGCACAAAUGAAGUGAAGUCUAAAAAAUUAGUCGUAAUAUUAACUUAUUAUUAACUGUUAAGCAAUACAACACUUACUGCGCUAAAGAACAGCCAAAAUAAUAAUCAAAAAAGAGGAUGCCAGCCGUCUCUCCGACACUGUUGGCUGUACUCACUAUAGGAGUGGUGGCACUCAUUCUGGGGAUUCUCAUCGAGUUUACGCAAAACCGAUACUCCGGUCGCGACGACCCCAUCAUUAGUCGUAUUAAUGAAGGCGUUAGCACUGAAAGGCUGAGAGAGAACUUGAAAUUCUUAUCAUCAGAACCACAUUUAGUGGGAAGCAAUCGCGACAAGGAAUUAGCCGAUUAUAUUAGAGAUCGCUUUGUGGAGUACGGUCUCGAUCGGGCAUAUCUGGUGCCGUAUAAUGUAUUGCUUUCCUACUCUAAUACCUCACAUCCAAACAAAGUAUCCAUUUUUGAUGCAAGAAGCGGAAGGGUAUUAUUUGAGUCAAAACACAGGGAAGAAAACGAGACGAUAUUUCCCAACAUUGUUGACUCCUAUAAUAGCUUUGCUCCCAAAGCAGAUGUCAUCGGAGAACCAAAUUACGCCAAAAUCGAUCUCAAAGGGAAGAUCUGUAUUGUGAGAUAUGGAAAGAUAUUCAGAGGAAAUAAAUGCGAAAACGCAGCCCAGAGGGGAUGUGUUGCAGUGAUUCUGUAUUCAGAUCCUCUUGAGAUAGCAAGAGAGGGCACACAACAAGAAAAUGUUUAUCCCAAUAGUUGGUGGAUGAAUGGGAAGGCUAUGCAAAGAGGAAACCUCAGGACUAGUAUGGGCGAUGCGUUGACACAAGGAUUCCCCGCGUUAGUUGACGGUGCAUUCCAGUACGGGAUUAACGACAUAGAACUGCCCAAAAUCCCGACCCAACCAAUUGGGUACGAAGACAUGUAUGCGAUCCUCAACUUAAUGGGUGGCCUACCUGUGCCCAACACCACUGCCUUUCGCGACUGGAAUGGAGGGCUUAACAUAACAUACAGAUUGGGUCCGGGCUUUGGCAGUGCUAAUGCGGAAAAAAAAUUACGAGUCGUUGUUAAUAAUGUGAUGCAAACAAAGAUAAUAUAUAACGUGAUCGGAAUUCUGGAGGGCUCUGUAGAGGCGGAUCGUUAUGUUAUAUUAGGUAAUCAUAGGGAUGCCUGGGGUUUGGGGGCAAUGGACGCCUCCAGCGGCACCACUGCUCUGCUGGAAGUGUCGCGCCUUUUCGGUGGCUUUCAUAGGGACUCCCAAUGGAGGCCCCGACGGACUCUCGUGUUUGCGAGUUGGAGUGGCGAGGAGUUGGGUCUCAUUGGGUCCACUGAAUGGGUUGAAGAGCACAUCCAUCUAUUGUCUCAAAAGGCCGUCGCAUAUAUCAAUGUCGACACUUGUAUUAUGGGUCCGAACCUCAAUCCAGACGCCUCUCCAUCUCUAAUGGAAAUUCUACGCGAAGUCACGGAAUAUAUUCCGUUCAGAAAUAAUACCCUUUUGAACGCAUGGACUGAAUAUCAGGAAUACAUUAGCGGGGAAUUAGAUAAACCCAAAAUCAAGACCCUGGGCUCGGGCACAGACCACGCCCCCUUUGCAUUCUUUGCUGGCAUUCCUGCCAUCAAUAUUGAGUUUACAUUUGAUAAGAAAAAGUAUCCCAUAAGCGGAUCAUACCCGGCCUAUCAUACAGCAUACGAAACAUUUGAUUUGGUGGACAAAUUCAUUGAUCCCGAAUUUUCACUACACAAGACGUGUUCACAACUGAUCGGAGUAUUACUACACGCGAUCUCUGGCUCUACUCUAAUGCCGUUCAAAAUCAAUGAAUUGGCGAAUAGAGUGCAAACAGAUUACGAAAACAUGUGGAGAAGAGAUCGCAAUGAGGAUCAGUUCGUCUCGAAGAGUGACUUCAUUAACGGCGAGUUUAAGCCAUUAAUAGAUAUGUUAGAGAAAUCGAUCGAAAACUUUGUUAUAGCGGCCAAAGAUUGGGACUCGAAGAUGAGAGAUUUGGAUCUGAAUAAUCCGUUUUUAGUGAGACAAGUGAAUGAUGUUAUGCUGGCAGUGGAGAGAGCCUUCAUUACGCCCGAAGGCCUCCACCAAAGGCCUGAAAUCAGGAAUCUAUUGUACGCUCCAUUUAAAUACAAUAAAUAUUCGACUGUUGUGUUCCCGGGUAUGUUAGACCUCAUGAAGACAAUCUCAAACACACAAAGAGCUGAUACACUGAAAGUGCCGCAAUUCAACCAAACAUUGCGUCGGCAUAUCUCAGACAUCGCUAUAGCGCUCAGAAGUGCCACUAAUUUACUCAAUACAAGCCCUUUAUAGUCAACCACUCUUUCAAUUACAUUAAACUUACAAAUAUUUUUUCGUGUAAUUCAUUGAUUUAUGUUUACAAACUUUCUUAUUCUUAUGCAC